GUGUUGUCCCUGUUGGAGGAUCUGGACAAAAUUAACGAAACUUUGGCUCCGUGGCUCAUCAGCUGAUCCACCCUGAACGCCUCCUCUAUGACCUGGGCUCAGCUAAACAACCUCAGCAGAUCCAUGGACAAUAUCUCUAAUGCCAUAGAGAACUACAACAGUACUCUGGAUGAGAGCAGGAACAGAGCGGACAUGUUGGAGGAGGAGAUCAUGACCAUCGACUCAGACAUCCGCGGCCUGGAAGAUAAGGUGGUGGCGGUAGCAGAACAAGCAGACAGUCUGGAGAAUAGCAGCAGCAACACCUAUCAGAGAGCCCAGGACCUGCUCUCACACAUGGAGAACAUAGUAGGAGAGGUGGAAGACCUAAUGCUGCAGGAGAACCGUACGGGUCUGAAUGAGACGCAGGUGGAGCAGGAAGAGGACAACUUGCUUGAGAAGAUGAAGCAGGUGGAGGCCAUGCUGAGAGAGAUGAGAUUCAAGAGCUGUGUCGGACAGAAGGAGAUAGCAGACAGAGAGAUGUCCGAGGCUAAGAAAUGUGAGUAA